CGGCUGAGGGGAGGGUAACAUUUGUGAAUGGCUUCAAACUGAUUGAGACAAGGAAGGGUUUAUAAUGUUUUAUCAGCACUUUAGCAGAUGUUGUUUUUAUUUGAUGUGACAUUGUUCAGGACUGGAUUGUAACGGGGGAAACGAUGUCGGACGCUGAAGGUGCUCGCAGUGCAGACCAGCUGAAUAAAUUCAAGAGGUUGACAGGCAGGCCGCCGCACGGUGAGACGUUAGCAGGUCAUCGUAAUCCCCCUGCACGCAGCGGACAUCGCUGUGUUGCUGACAACACUAACCUGUAUGUGUUUGGAGGAUACAACCCUGACUAUGAUGAGUCUGGCGGCUCAGAGAAUGAAGACUAUCCACUGUUCAGGGAGCUUUGGAGGUACCACUUCGCCACAGGCUGCUGGCAGCAGAUUCGAACAGAGGGCUACAUGCCCACAGAGCUGGCAUCUAUGUCAGCUGUUUUGCACGGGAACAACCUCCUGGUGUUUGGCGGCACUGGGAUCCCAUUUGGUGAAAAUAAUGGCAAUGACGUUCAUGUUUGUAAUGUGAAGUACAAGCGAUGGUCACUGCUCAACUGUCGGGGGAAGAAGCCCAACAGAAUCUAUGGACAGGCGAUGGUCAUUAUAAAUGGCUUCCUGUACGUAUUUGGAGGGACAACGGGUUACAUAUACAGCACAGACCUGCACAGGCUGGACCUGACCACCAGGGAGUGGAUCCACCUCAAGCCCAACAACCCUCCUGACGACCUGCCUGAGGAACGGUACAGACAUGAAAUAGCACAUGACGGACAGAGGAUCUACAUUCUGGGAGGAGGAACUUCCUGGACAUCUUACCCUCUGGACAAGAUACAUGCAUACAAUCUGGAGACCAAUUCCUGGGAGGAGAUUACAACUAAACCUCAUGACAAAAUAGGAUAUCCUGCUCCUAGGAGAUGCCAUAGCUGCGUGCAAAUCCGAAACGAUGUAUUUAUUUGUGGAGGCUACAACGGGGAGUUGAUAUUAGCUGAUCUGUGGAAGAUUAACCUGCAGACUUUCCAGUGGAGUAAACUACCAGCGGUGAUGCCCGAGCCCGCCUACUUCCACUGUGCUGCUGUCACCCCGGCUGGCUGCAUGUACAUUCACGGUGGUGUAGUGAACAUCCACGAGAACAAGAGAACUGGCUCUCUGUUUAAGAUCUGGCUGGCGGUGCCCAGUCUGCUGGAGCUGUGCUGGGAGAGGCUCCUCAAGGCCUUUCCCCACCUGACAUCACUCUCCACCAUGCAGCUACUCAACCUGGGCCUCACACAGGAACUCAUUGAACGCUUGAAAUAGGCAACACAGUGGAGGACAGACAGAUGAAUGGAUGGGAAGGGCUGGGCUUGGAACGAGAGGAGAUGAGGUCUGACAGAGCACAGAAAUUAUUCCACAGAAAAAUUCUCGGGAAAAUGCCCCCCCCACCCAACCACCCACCACCCCGCCUAACGUAGCCCCGCCUUAAAACCAAAAACAAUGGGAUGCCUUUUUGUUGUUUUAGUCCUUUUUUUUUUUUUUUGCAGUUAGAGUUCUGACACAUACAGAAAAUAAAUGCGGGAUGUUUUAUGGAUUUUACUCAACGCUCCUCCCCUCUCCGCCACCAUCGUUCCUUACAUGUUGCCUUUGUGUCAAACUAAGUAUGAUGUCAGCUUCUCGCCCUUCUGACAGCUGGAAAUACUUUAUUUUGCCAUGUCAUGUUUUCAAAGACUCCCUUCUCCUAAUUUUUAAAAAAAGAAAUAGCCUUCUUCACUACUUUUAAGAAUUCUGUGCAAAGGAAGACUGCAUGCAUAUUUAUUUGAAGGACAAACCGUUUUCUUGAGGUAUUCUCAUCACCUGUUGUUGCUGUUUGCACACUUUGUCUUGCAUAUUUGUCAGCAUUUAAUUAUUUU